AUAGGCAGCCAAUAUGGAUUUACCGCGGGAUCUUCAAACUUUUAAACGGAAUGACAGGGCAAGGUCCACCAUAUCCUCAUGCUCAUCAUUCGCCAUGGAGAUCAAGAGAAUGAAGACAAGAGAAAGUGUUUUGUUUGUGCAGAAUGAGGACCGUGAUCUACAGGAAAAGAUGGACUUUGAGAUGAGAAUGAGAGCAGGAGCAUACAAGCUUCUGGUUGCUAGCACCAAGAGAGAACAGAUCCUUGAUGCAGCAAAGAAUCUCUUCACCUGCAACACACGAAUCAAAGCCUUCAUGAACAAGGCACAGAGAGAACAGCACAACAUGGCUCCAUGUCUUAAAACGAGGUCAUCAGAUUCUGAUAUUCAAGUGUCCUGCAAGGGCAAGGUAGCCAUAACAGGUCUGCGCAUUCCAUUAUUUUGGAAGGAUUCUGAGCACUUCAACAGCAAAGGGAACUCACAGCGGGUGGCUGUCUUUUGUUUAAUGAAGAUUGGCACUGAGAUUUUUGACACAGAGAUGGUGAUUGUAGACCGAACAAUGACCGAUAUCUGUUUUGAGGCUGUAACGGUCUUCUCUGAGGCUAAACCAGAAUUUGAGCUGACUAUUGAGCUCUACAGCUGUGCAGUGGAAGAGGAGGGGACUAUGGUCAACACACCGAAGAAACUGGCCAGAAAGCUGCGCUCAUCCUUUGGCAAGGGAUCUGGGAAGAAAGUCUGCAACCUUCUUCAGGAAGGAGACCCUGACACUUUUCUUCAGUCUAACCCAGUACCACCUGGAACACAAUAUUUACUUUUGGCAUAUACAACUUUGGAUUUGGAGAAGACAGGGACCUCAUUUCAGUCUUGCUCAAUGAUUGUUUCACAGAAAGCGGAAGCAGGAUCAUGGCUGCCUCUGUAUGGGAACCUGUGCUGUCAGCUGGUGGCACAGCCUGACUGCAUGACCCAGGAUAUGAUGAGUGGCUAUCUCAUCCAGCAGCAAAGCUUUGAGGGUUUGCAGCGCUGCUGCAGGCUAUACUGUGUGCUAAAGGCUGGUCUGCUAUCCUGCUACUACUCCCCUGAAGAGAUUGAAGCCAAGAUUGAAUCCAGCCUCAAUAUUCCUAUAAAUAAGGACACUCGCAUUCGUAAAGUGAAGGAUCAACUUAAAAGUGGGGCCAGGCUGAGCCUUAUCAAUCCAGGAACAGGAGACCCUGCAAGCCACAUAUUCAUAGCUGAGACACCUGAACUACUGCAGGAUUGGCUGAAAGCUUUUUGGCAACACAUCUAUGACCAGAGUCAGUGGCAGCAUGCUUGUGACAGGCUGAUGGAGAUUGAAGUUUUGUCACCCAGGAAGCCUCCACUUUUCCUCACCAAACAAGCUGACUCUGUCUACAAUGAUCUAAGUAUCAGCUCACCAGGAAAAUUUGAAAGUCUGACUGACAUAAUUCACAGUAAAAUUGAAGAAACCAAUGGGCGCUUUCUCAUUGGUCAUGAAGAGGAAAGAGAUCCUCCUCACUGGGCAGCACUGUUUGAGGGUUCGCGACCAAUGGUGGUGCAGAAAACUGUGAUGUCACCAAAUAAAGAAGGCAUCCCUUUUCCUUCCAGUCCAGUCCAAAACAGCAACAAAAAAAGAAGAGCCCCUCCCCCUCCCCCUGACAAAUUACCAUUUGUCCAGUCCAGCUCUGGCCCGUCCUGUCAGGAGAAGGAGAACUCCUGUAAGAGUGUAAAGCCUCGUACAGGACGGCCAUCCUUGGAUGCUAAAUUCUCGGCCAUCAUACAACAGUUACAAAAGAGCCAUGCACCCUAUCGGAAAAAUCCACCAUUAGCCCAGAUUGAGCCCCCUUGCAACCUUUAUACUCCAAAAAAAAUUGACACAGAGACUGAAUUGGUAGAACAUGCAGAAUAUGUGGGUACCCAGGUUCCCCUACCACCCAUCCCUGCUCCAAGAAAUAAACUGAGAAAGUCUUUUAGAGAAAAGAUGAACCCAAAAGCCUGGUAAACUAUUAAUAGGCUAUCAGGGACUAAGCUAGUUCAAUGUUGUUUGUUUCCAAUAAGCUCUGAUGGAAUUUUAAUACCAUGAAAUUACUCCUGGCCUUCUCUUCUUGGUCAGUUGUGUUUACUGAGUUUUCGAGGUGUGUUAGUGUAUUAGACUGCAUUGCCCCUUGGGCACCACCCGUACCCAUCAGUUUACAUUGCUGCCUUUUUCUCAAGGGACCAAAACUAAGUGCAAAAUUGAGCCACAUUAUUUUAUGAUAUCUUAAUAUCUUAUUUUAUGAGAUCUUAUUGAGACACAGUUGUGAAAAAUGCUUUAAUACAAUGUCAACUUCAGCUCCAUCACAU